AUGAUGUUUAUAUUUGCAUUGCUAAUGUUACUUUACGAAUGCACUUUCGGCAAGCAGAUUCGCGAAUUGGGCUCGACAUGGUUCGCGGACUUGGGACCUCCCUUCGGAGUCAUGUAUUGCAUCAAAUGCGAGUGCAUACCGGUGCAAAAGAAACGGCGGAUCAUCGCGAGAGUUCAAUGCCGCAAUAUCAAGAACGAAUGUCCGAAACUCACGUGUGACGAACCAGUUCUACUCUCGGGACGAUGCUGCAAAUCCUGUCCAGGUGACUUCAACGCAGACAUAGCGCAGGAUCUGCCAGUGCAAUUGACUUCGGAGGAAGAGGAGCGAAGCCUGAAACAUUUCGGCACCCUGUUAACGGGCAGAACGUCGCAGUCUCUACGUCGCGAUGAACCGAAUCCGACGUCAGUUUACAACAGCGCGUACAACUAUCUAGCGACCGGUCGUUUCACGUUUCACCGUAAGAAUAUCUACUACGCGUUCUAUUUGUCCGCGUCGACGCCCCGACCGCGUAGCAUACAAUUCGUCGACGGUUCCGGCAAUAUUCUCGAGGAGCAGGUGAUUGAUCCGGUUGGUGGUGCUUAUCAGAACACCACUGGCAAGCUUUGCGGCGUGUGGAGACGCGUGCCACGCGACUAUCGCAAGUUGCUACGUGAAGAACGGCUACACGUGUCCUUCCUCUGGGAGCCUUCAUCGAGCUUGACAGGCCAGUUGUCGCGUUACCGCGCUCUGUCGACCGAGCAGUUCUCCGCACUCUUGGAACCAGCGAUGGGCGUCGACCGGUCGUUGAUGUCCGGCGCGGGCGCAACGGCGAUUGUGUCCGCUUCAUCCGCGUCAGCGCCGUCGAUUCACGUGUCCCUCAUCUUCAACGGUCUCUUCCUGCCGAACGACAUGGCCGAUGUUCCGUUAGUUGUUCAGCUGGAGCAUCACGAGAAGGAUCACGUAGUCCUUCGCGAAGAGAUAAUAGUGAGAAAGCCGUCAAAUGAGCUGAAUUACGGAGAAGUCCGUAGCGCACUUUCCGGAACCGAUCUUCGUCUUUUGACUCGAGGCAAAUUGUUGAUCAGUAUAAUGUCUCGCAAAGAUCCGCAGGCUCUUCGAGUGAUCGGCAUGAUAGGUUCACGUGCAACCUGCGACAUGUAUCAAACGUUGCUGCUGUCGGAAACACCGUCCGUGGCAUCCGGAUUGGCUUGGGUCUUUUUGGAUCGUGUCGGUGCGCUACGCUACGGAGUGCAAUUGAUAGGACUUGAGGAAGAGAGCCCUUUGGUGACGUUGGUGGAUGAGGGCGGGAAACGGAGAAUGGAACUCGAAGAUCUGACACCUUCGUUGAUCGGCGGCUCUCUCGCGAACGGUUCCUUAGACCGGCCUGGACCCAGACUAUUGCAGCCACUAUUCAAUGAGGAACUUUCUAUAGUCGCUGCCAGCCACGUCGGCUCCAUGUUACGCGGUAGACUUUUAGAGAGACCCGUAGCGGAUGCUAGGGAUACGGCCGCACCUGUAUUACUACGAAGAUUGACCAAGGAGCCAACGUAUCCUGGACCGGUCGGUUUGAUAUGGACCGCGGUGGAUUUAGAUUGUUCUUUACACUAUGAGCUAGAACUCGCUGGUUUCCCGCCCUCCUCCCAAGAACCGCGGACGUUCCGUUUAUAUUUAGAAACGAUGCCAAUGCUAGCGCAGGGAGCUCCUGUCGCUAGAAGACUUCUCGAAGAAUUCACGGGAUACUCUCUCGAAGGUUCGGUCACCGGACUGUCAUCGUUGGAACUCUAUAGGAUCGAGUCGGGUAUCGGUUUCCUCGAAGUGACAGACAAGCAGGUCACGCACAUUCUGAAGGCCCCUUUCAAGGCGAGAGCACCGUUCAGUUGUCUGCCACACUAUGCCGACAACGACGUUACCUCUGUGGUGGCGUAUAAUCUGCAGCCACCCAGGUCGGAUAUCGAGACUGGUGCGUGUUUCCACGAGACCAGAUUCUACGAGGAAGGCACGCAAUGGACCUCGAACUCGGAUCCCUGUUCGAUGUGUCAUUGCUAUCGCGGCUUGGCGCAAUGCGACACGGUACCCUGUCCGACAGUUUCUUGCGGGUUGGGAAAGCAACUCAAGCAACCGCCGACUGGUCAUUGCUGCCCGAUAUGCGCAGAUCCAAUGAGUGCCGAAACUAAUGCUACGAGAGGUUGUACGUUAGCCGGACAAUAUCAUCUUGCGGGAUCAUCCUGGCAUCCAUAUCUGCCACCAGCAGGAUUCGACACUUGUGCAGUUUGUACUUGUGACGCUGUCACGCUGGAGGUAAAAUGCCCGUUGGUACAGUGUCCGCCGCUUGAGUGCGACGAGAAGAUCGCCGUCAGGCUAGACAAGAAAGCCUGCUGUAGACAGUGCCCAUCAUCAACGAGCCUUAGCAAUGUAACCACCACCACAUCGAGCGAUACCAUACGAAGAGAUACUCUACCGAGAGAUCAGGCUUUACCUUCGACGCGGCGCACCGCGGAAGAGAUACUCUCUUCCGGUGGCUGCAAGUAUCCUUUCGGUGGACCCUAUGAAAAUGGUAUGGAGUGGCAUCCCCGGAUACACUCGCACGGCGAGGUAAAGUGUGUCAAGUGCCGCUGCAAGAACGGCGAGGUCAGGUGCGACAGGAAACGGUGUCCACGGCCACUCUGUAACUCGAUCGCGAAUCAGAUGAAGCGCGGCGAGCACGUGGCGGACGCCGAUGACUGCUGUACGGCGCAGUGCGAGCAUCGCGCGAGGCGUCAUCAUCGCAACAAUCAUCAUCCGGCACGGCGACACUCUAUGACGCCACGCGAGCUGAGCUGAGCCUGGUAGUUCCGGAGAAGAGUCUGCCCCGGUCCACGAGGAAGCUCCGCCGCCUGCACUAUAGUCAUCAUCGAAUGACGAAAUCAGUCGCGGCCGACCAUUAUCCGUCACGCGAUCGCUCUCUUCGUGUAUCGUACGACCCGAGGGGCUCUCGAGACGGAAACCACAUUAAACCACCGAACGGUUCUGUACACGCGCACGUUAAAAUCGCGAGAGCUGGAUUACAGGUGUUCAUCUGAGCUGAAUUAAGUAGGCGAGGAAAGAGGGAACAGCGGAAGAAUAAGAUAUUACAAAGCGAGAGAGAGAGAGAGAGAGAGAGAUCGACUAUACGUUUACUACUUCGCGUUUCGAUCGACAAAAUGAGCGAGAAAUGCCUGUGUAAACUUUGUCAUUUUAAUUUUUAGGAGUGAUAUUCGAGGUGACAAGAGCAAUUACUAAUUAAUUAAAUGAUGACGAAUGCGUGCUCGUCGCUCAAAGUUCGUCGUUGUCGCGGUGGCGCGUACAGGAAGUCGCGAGAAAUAACCUAGUGCAAUAAAAGGAAGGACGUGGACGCGGUACGGACAACACGAUCGGAUAUUGCUAUUCUUGUCCGCAACGAGACCGCUCGGUCGUUCGCUCCGGAGCCUCCAGCGCCCGCAGCCAGACGCUUAUUAAUCAAUUGAUCCCCAUCAACGGAUUAAAAAAAAAGGAAAGAGAGGAACGUAAGCUAAGCGCCCUUCUCCUCGCCAAGAGCGACAACCACGUUACGACCGAACACGAUUACGGUGGGGCGAAGGGGUACGGGAGAAGGGUGGGAAAGAGGUGGUGAAAACUCGGAAAGAGACGAGUUUUUAGUCGCGGCGGUACUACAGUGCCCUGCUGUAUCCACUAACCUCUGCGAGUUACCCAGCAACCAAAGAAGACUGAAAAACCUCCGACGGCGGCAUCAGUUAUUAUACGAUUGCUAAUACUAAUAACUUCAAUUUAUUAUACAUGUUAUUUUAUUACUAUUAUUACUAUCAUUUCUAUUAUUGAUAGUAUUACUACUAUUACCCGCUUAUAAUUAUCGUUUUGAUAAUUGGUAUCGCUGCGCAUCUCCGUCACCUUUAUUGCUCUUUAUCUCGCGAUUGUUGUGUGGUAAACCUAAAUUAUCGUUCUAACGUAAAAAUAUAUUUAUGUUGUACGCUGCAUACUUAUAUGAAAUCUCGUAUGAAACCGUUCGAUGAGGAACGCGGCGAGUUGUGCCGUUACUCCACGAAUGAACAAACGGUAAUAUUUGUUAAUGCGAUAACACUUGUUAUUAUAAGUACGUAAUAUUUAAACUGUAUUUAUUAUUAGGAAUAAUCUUUUUAAAUUGGAUCUUGCACCGGAUUCUAAGACAAAUCAAUUUUUACGUUCUUUCGUAAUUGUUAUUACGAAAUUUAAGUUUGCGACAUUUGCAAGGUGCAAAGCAUGUAAUAUAAAAGAAAUGUAAUAUAUGUCGAUCAAGAUUAGUA